UUUCUUUGUUGCGCAUACUUACAGCUGGGUCGUUCGGAAGAUUGAACAGCCAUCAAAACUAACUAGGCGGCUACUAAUACGUGACGCAAAAAUGCAGAAAAGUCGAGGAUGCUUGUACCGGUCACCAGAAGUCUGCGUUCGAGGCUGUUGAACACGUCACUGCGUCAGUCAAGACAAGCAGGAAUUUUCCGUUCUGUAACACUUGUGGAGUACCAUGCAAGGCGGAGCCUCCACACUGCGACCGUUCAUUUGCCGCGAAUCGCCCCGUUUAUUUUUCCUGCGGAAACCUGCUCAGCACGCAAGCAGCUGUCUGAAAGAACUGAUCGGGCCGCGACAAGCUGGGUGCAGCUUCAACGCGGUCGUGCAGCAGCAGGGUUUCAUCGCGCCGUACCUGCGUUUUUGAAGGACAAUCACAAUGCGAAUGACCUGCGUCACUCGUCAUCAACAACAAGCCCCAGUAGCGGGACGGUGCAAAAAGAAACGGUCGGACUGGAGCUGUUCAUCUUCGCCGAGCGACUGAAGGGAGAAGACUCAGUCCACCACUCUUGGUUCGAGGAAGUAUCGUCGAAUCCGGAUCCCCUGACACCAGAGGAACAGAAGGCAAUCAUCGCGGCUGCGGAAACAGCGAGCCAGAAUGAUGGUUCCUCGUGGUCGUGCUUUGGACCGUCAAGUGAGGCGAAGCCACGAAGUGGGGCGGGUGACCAAGAGGACACGACCGGUAGAGCGCUUUUCGUCGCGUACGCGAGUCGCUACAUCCGCGAUUCGCGGCUGGCGGAGGUGUGCGAGUGCAAGAGCCUCACCGCGUUUCUCAAUUACAUAGAGGACUGGCAGAGUCGUUGCAUCCCCUUGCUGCCAUCGCUGUCCGCCAAGGACUUGUUGAAGCUGCAGUACUUGUUGAAGGAAGAAAUUUUGAACAAUCAAACUGCACUCGGGAAGUUGAUGGAUGCACAGGCCGCGACGUCGUCCAGUAUUUCUGCUUUGUCGGACGAGCAGGCGUCGCUGCCUAGUAAGGAUUCGCCGAGCGGUACUAGUGACCAGCCGGUGGCACCAAACUACAUCCGCAGCCUGCCGCAACUCAAAAAGAUGAUUUUGGGCCCAAGGUUCCUCGAUGAAUGGGAGAAAAGCGCGGGGAAGUGCAUGGGCCGGGGCGACUUCACUGCCGUAGAUCUGGCCAAUGUUCUGCACCUUUACGCUACGACCGGGGUGCGGCCGAGCACUGCGUUCUUUGAGCAGUGGCAGGAGGCUUUAGUUCUUGGACCAAGAACGGCGGAAGAGAAUACUGGUGCUGUACAAGAAGCGAACGACCUGCAACUUCGCAUCCUGCAGGAGUUUUCGACGGAAACAAGCGCUGUAGGCAAGAGCGACACAGCGAGUCCCGGAGGUACAGCAGCAGGAACUACCCAGGUUCUUCUGCAAAGUUUUGACAGCCAUGCGUUUUCCAACAGCGUGCUUUCGCUGGCGUUUCUCUUCCGAAAGUUUCGCAUGCGACCAUCGAGACCCUUUUUGAACAAGCUGGUCGGGCAUUUCCACACCCUCCUGCGCCAGCACACGGAAGCAACCAGACGAAUGCAGCAGCAGAACGCCGCUGCUGCGGAGGAAGCGGGUUCCCUGCAGGCCUUUCUGUUGAUGUCGCCGGAACAAUUCGCGAACUCGGUGUACGCGCUUUCGGUGAUGUGCGAUCUCGCGCUUUUCACACCGGACAUCAUCGACCUGAUGGAGUUAGAGUUUUUGCGCAUCCUGACGCAGGGUCUGCACCCAGCGGGCAUUCCGCAUUUGGUGUUUGCUUUUCAUCGGUUCUGGAGCGCGGGCGCCGGGGCGAAAAGCAGACAAGCUGUCAACAGUGGGAAGUCAGCCGAGCUCGAGAUGUGGAAACGAAGCGAGGGCGAGCUCUUCCACGUGUGGAGGCAACGAUUUGCUGAAGUCGCGGAGGCCAUGGAGCAUUUGCUGAAGCUAGAGGAAGAAGACGACAGGGAGGACGCCAGUCAGAAAAAAGCAGAGAGAAAAGAAGAAUCAGGUCUAGAUAAGAUUAACGCGAACAGGAUCAUACCGGCCGAGGAGCAGCACGCCAGACGAAAAAGCGAGGUGAAGAUUGACGACGAGGCGUUGCAGCAAUUGCAGCAGCUGGCGCUCGCUUUCGAGGACGAAAUACUACAGUCAGAGGCCCAGCACUGUGCGGAGAAACUGCUCGCGCUGCUAGAAAUCUACACGAGCUUUGUCCUGCACAUGGAGCGAAUCCUGCAGCGAUGUCGUAAAGACUUCUAUUGUGAGGAAAAAUCCCCCCUCCCCAUAUUGAAAACGCAUUCGUCUGCAAAUUUGUGAUGCAGAUUUGAGGUCACAAAUCCUGUCAGUCUUGCAAGAAGGCAAAGCCAGAGAGUCCGCCGCAUUAUGCAGGCGGUUUGUGAUGCUGUUGGGCUUACAGGGCCGACGUCUGUCAUGCUAGUCCCCUACGUCAAAACCUCUCGACCCAGGCUUGAUAUAUGCCUGCAGUCAUCCCCAGCAAGAGAGACCUGAUUUGUGUACGCAAAUCCAGCAUCAGAAAUUUCGUUUCGAUAUGGGGAGGGGGGAUUUUUCCUUUUGAUAACUUCACGGAGACCAGUUGGAACGCGACACAGAAUCGGCAACGACUGUUGCUGGAGGCAAGGCAGCGCCUCAGGGGCGGCGCCCCGGCUGGGAACAAUGCGCAAAGCAAAGCGGGAAGUGUCGUCAAAAACGAUUUUCUCGUACACUGCGAAGGGGUUCUCGGCGGCACUGGAUCAGUUUUUGGUGUCGAACAACAAUCUGGCGACCUCGAGACAACAGCACCGCGGACAGACACAGGCCAGAAGUUGAUCUCCACAACAACGACGGACCUGCUCGGUCAGCGCGCCGAAGCCUUGCGACUGUUCGCUUCUCUCCAGCACAUCCCGAGCGAUGGAUUCCUGGUCGCAGUGUUGGACCACCUGGCGUCGGACCUGGCCACGCUCGAGACCACCACGGCAACCGAAGAAGAGCACGCGAACAAGCUCGCGCAGCUCGAGAGCGUGCUGCGGUCUGUGAAGGUGCUCCUCGUACGAAAAACGAAAACGUCGACCAAUGGCGCCGUGUCUAGGCCCGUCGCUGGCCGUCUCGCGUCCUUUUUGCACGCGUGGGAAACCGCUUGCUUGUUCAGUAUGGAGCAGUGCCCGGGGGAGUUUCUGGUCGAGGUCCUUGUGCAGCUCGCGGACCUGCAAGCGGAGGUCGUACUCCCCGCGCCCGCAGUCGCACAGUUUGCACCCUCCGCGGAUGACGGUGCUAUGGGUACCAGCGACCACUAUGAGGGGAAAUCUCCAGCUUCCGGUGAGGGUGACAAGAUUGGCAGAGAGGUUGCGUCCUCAAAACAAACGAAGUUUCUGCAGGUGUGGGAGAUGAAAGCGAUGGAGCGGCUGCCGCAGCUGCAAGCCCGCGAAAUCAUUGUUCUGGCGUUGGCGUUUGGUCGGCUGGGUCACUCCUGGUCCGAACAGUUUGCCGCACUGUACGGCAAGAGGGUUGAAGAAAUCUUGAGCGUCGGCCGGUGAAGCGAAGGGGGAAGUGCAAGUAAUUCCCAUGCUGUACCAAAUCUAACGACUUUUUCAACGCAAACGGUUUUCGCACAAGAGAGCACGACAGCAAGGAGAGUUUCUCGCGUGGCAUAUCAGAUACUUAAGUAGCCAGUUCCUAAUAUCAUGGAGUAACAAAUAAGUACCUUCUUGCAACCUCCGGUUGCAGUGGGCUAUCAUGCUUGUGGAGCAAGAACGUUG